CCUUUCUCUUUGUUUUCCAAUAAAGACAAACAACGCCAGCCAGGCUUUUUCUUAUCACCCCCCGUCCAAUUCCCCCUCCCCCCCCCCAAAUAAAUAUGAAGUAUCGUUCUACGCGCGGACAGGUCUCUGGCCAAAGCUUCGAGACCGUCGUCCUUGAAGGCCUGGCCUCUGACGGCGGGCUUUUCAUCCCCGAGCACCUGCCGCAGCUGCCGUCCGACUGGCAGACAUCCUGGGCGACGCUGCCGUUUGCGUCGCUCGCAGCCGAGAUAAUCUCGCUCUUCGUCGGCGACGACCUGGCGCCCGCCGAGGUGGCCGACCUGACGGCCAGGUCCUACGCAACCUUCCACCACGCCGACGUCACGCCCCUCGUCCAGCUCCCCUCCGUACACAUCCUGGAGCUCUUCCACGGGCCGACCUUUGCGUUCAAAGACGUCGCGCUGCAGUUCCUCGGCAACCUCUUCGAGUUCUUCCUCGAGCGCAGAAACCGCCAGGAGACAGCCGGCCGCGUGCACCGUAUUACCGUCGUGGGCGCCACAAGCGGGGACACCGGCAGCGCGGCGAUCUACGGCUUGCGUGGGAAGAAGAACGUUGAGGUGUUUAUCUUGCAUCCGCACGGCCGCGUGUCGCCGAUCCAGGAGGCGCAAAUGACCACCGUGCUGGACGCCAACGUGCACAAUGUCAGCAUCGAGGGCACGUUUGAUGACUGCCAGGACAUCGUUAAGCAGUUGUUUGGUCGCGAGGAAUUCCGCCGGGAGCAUUCGCUUGGUGCCAUCAACUCGAUCAACUGGGCGCGGAUCCUCGCCCAGAUCACCUACUAUUUCUACGCGUACUUUGCGUUGGUGCGCGAGCAAGGCGCAGAGGCGAAGCCGGUGUUUGUUGUGCCGUCGGGGAAUUUCGGCGAUAUCCUGGCGGGCUUUUAUGCGCGGUCCCUGGGGCUGCCCGUGGCUAGGCUGGUGAUCGCGACGAAUGCUAACGAUAUUCUGGACCGCUUCUUGCAUUCGGGCAUCUACGAGAAGAACGCGGAGGCUGGGGUGCUGGCUACGCCGUCGCCGGCAAUGGACAUUCUGGUGUCGUCCAACUUUGAGCGCUUCCUGUGGUACCUCGCCCAUGAUAGCGAGGCCCAGGAGGAGGAGUCUGAUGGAAAGAAGAGGGAGGACGAGGCUGGGGAGAUUAUCCGCCGUUGGAUGGACCAGCUCAAGGCCACGGGGUCGUUCAAGGUCACCCAGAAGUCGCUCGACGCUGCCCGCCGCACUUUCUGGUCCGGCCGGUGUAGCGACAAGGACACGUACCAGACAAUUGCCCGGUAUUACGCGGCCACUCCCUCGUAUGUCCUGGAUCCGCAUACCGCCGUCGGCGUGCAUGUUGCCGAGACAUUGCGCCCGAAGAUCGAGGAGCUUGGCGCCCAGAACCAUGUCAUUUGCCUGUCUACUGCUCACCCGGCAAAGUUCUCCGAGGCUGUGCUGAAGGCUGUGGAUGAAAAUGGCGGUGUGCUGGAUUUCCAGGCUAUUCUGCCAGAGCAGUUUGUUGGACUUUUGGAUUUGCCCAGGAGAUGUCUGACCUGCGAUAACUCGGCAGAUGCUGUGGCCCAGCUUGUUGCACAACACACAAGCAAGUAAAAAAAAUAAAUUAAUGGGGU